GGCAUCCUCAGCGCGCGUGCGCAGCGCAGCGCCCCUCCACUCCCCCCGCCCCUCGUUCCUCCUGCCGCUGCUGCUGCAGCUGCUGUUGACUGAAGGCUGGCGCUAGCGCUUCAGAGUUACUGGUUUAUUCUUGAUACUUACUCACUCUGAGCCCUCCUCAUGGAUGAACUUCAGGAUGUUCAACUCACAGAGAUCAAACCACUUCUAAAUGAUAAGAAUGGCACACGAAACUUCCAGGACUUUGACUGUCAGGAACAUGACAUUGAAACACCCCAUGGCAUGGUCCACGUCACCAUAAGAGGCUUACCAAAAGGAAACCGACCUGUUAUCCUGACAUACCAUGACAUUGGGCUCAACCAUAAAUCCUGUUUCAACACAUUCUUCAACUUCGAGGAUAUGCAAGAGAUCACCCAGCACUUUGCUGUCUGUCACGUGGACGCCCCAGGCCAACAAGAAGGGGCACCCUCCUUCCCAACAGGAUAUCAGUACCCUACCAUGGAUGAACUAGCUGAAAUGCUGCCUCCUGUGCUUACACACUUAAGUAUGAAGAGCAUCAUUGGUAUUGGAGUUGGAGCAGGAGCCUACAUCCUCAGCCGAUUUGCACUCAAUCAUCCAGAGCUGGUGGAAGGUCUUGUGCUCAUUAAUAUUGACCCGUGUGCUAAAGGUUGGAUUGACUGGGCAGCUUCCAAACUCUCAGGCUUGACGACCAACAUUGUGGACAUAAUUUUGGCUCAUCACUUUGGGCAGGAGGAACUGCAGGCCAAUUUGGACCUCAUUCAAACCUACAGACUGCACAUUGCUCAAGAUAUCAACCAAGAAAACCUCCAGCUCUUCCUGGGUUCCUAUAAUGGACGCAGAGACUUGGAGAUUGAAAGACCUAUACUGGGCCAAAAUGAUAACAGAUUGAAAACAUUAAAGUGUUCCACUUUACUGGUGGUGGGAGACAGUUCACCUGCUGUGGAGGCUGUGGUUGAAUGUAAUUCUCGCCUUGACCCUAUAAAUACAACUUUGCUAAAGAUGGCAGACUGUGGAGGACUGCCCCAAGUAGUUCAGCCUGGGAAGCUCACCGAGGCCUUCAAGUACUUUUUGCAGGGGAUGGGCUACAUCCCGUAUGUGCAGCUCAGUCACCUCAGCAGCGAGUCAGUACCGUCGGCCAGCAUGACCCGGCUCGCCCGAUCACGAACCCACUCCACCUCAAGUAGCAUUGGCUCUGGAGAAAGUCCCUUUAGCAGGUCUGUGACCAGCAAUCAGUCAGAUGGAACUCAAGAAUCCUGUGAGUCCCCUGAUGUCCUGGACAGACACCAGACCAUGGAGGUGUCUUGCUAAGCAGAUAUUCCUCCCUUGGACCAUGCAAGUCCCUCCUCUUUGAAAUGACCACUCCAUAAUAGAACAUUUCAUCCUGUCAGAUGGCCUCCACUUUCACUCAUGCAUGGCCACAGAACCUUUCUCUAGUAGCCUGGAUUUAUCAUUCUCUCCACACACCUUUUUGUAUGUACCAAGAACCACACCCAUGCCAUUACUGUAACAUUCCAACAUCUUGAGCCGAUCUGAUCUCCAUAUUUUCUCUUGCCAGCUUUUCCCUGUGCUCCCUCAAAUAUGUAUCUGACAAGAUUCUUUGAUUCCCAACUCCAUGUGUGUGCGAGCACGCGUGUCUGUGUCUGUGUGCAUAGUUCUGUGAUUUUAGACAUGCUUUCUUAUAGCGCUUCUGCAAAGGGACUUGUUGGCAUUCUCAGUGGCAUUUUUAAGGGAAAGACACAGAGCAGAUAUCUGGUAGCCACAAGAUUGAGUUAUGGUUCCACUUGGACAACGGUGUUUGCAGAGUGAUUUCAGGAGAGAGCAGGUGGGAGGCUGCAGUUCCUGUGUGGGCCACUGAUUGGCUGAGACCAGCAGAAGGGCUACCUGUUACACAGAGAGGCAGGCAGGGAGGCAGUCCCUCCCCUAUCCACGUGGAUUCACACAUGUUGUGUAAGUCAGAGGGGAGGAGCUGAAGCCCAUGAAUGAUGUCUGGUACACUGUGGAGUUUUCUUCAAAGAUCUGUCCUAAGCUCUAGAUUAGCCAAGGAAGAUGGACGCAAAGUACCAGGCUCCACUCUGCAGAGCGCAAGUGCUGUCCCUGUAGCAGCUGCCACCACUUAGCAGACACCCACGUACCUGCAGGAAGCACCUCCCAGGUCUGGAUGGAGAGAGGUUCUCCAUCCCUCAAUCCCAGAAAAGGGGACAGUGUUAUUUAAAGAUGCCAUCAAUGGUCUUAGUGGGGGAAAAGGAAGAACCAUUAGCACAGCAUCAUGAUAAUUAAGUGUAGCCUAGGUUUCAGCAGGCAUAAUGGAAACCAAGUCACAUUGAAGUGGAACCCAUUUCUGGGGAAAUCUUAAGCGUGCAAUGUCCCUUUAUAGGAGGAAAGGGGACAAUCUCAGGGCAGCCCUGUCCAGGUUAGAAAUAUUUUCACCCCUCUGUCUGUUGUUGGUGAGGGGUCAUACCAGCCAGGGAGACCCUUUGGAAAGGAAGCUGCCACACAGCAAGGACUCCUCUCUCAUAAGUAUCCAGAUGUGAGCCUAGCCUAGCCAGGGUCAUGUGUUUCCAAAUCUGAAGAAGAGGUUUUUCACACACUCCUUGCUGACUGCUAAGACAAGAAAGGUGUCACUUGGCCAGAGUGUGACUUUUUACAGAUUAAAUAAAGCUGUAUAUGUCUCAUUGUUA